UUGAUAUCUCCGCCAGUUUCGCUUUGUCUUAGCAUCUCCUGGAGCGGGCUCUCCCUGUUGCGGCUAACGACGUAACCUUCUCUCGCUGUGUCGGUUCCCGUGUUCGCCGCGUAUUGCGCUUGGAAGAUUAACGACUAAUCAAGAUGGCUCCUUUAGGAGCCGUUGUUCUUUCACAAAGCGUGCUCGCAUUGCCACGUGGUACCACCUCACUCCAAUACCCUAGCUUGCGUCCUUCCCCGGCGGCUCUCGGUUCCAAUCGUGCCUUUCUAUUGCGCCCCCUCGCGCAUUCGUCUAGAUCCGAAGGGCUUAGAAUACGUGUUACUCAACGGAAUGUGCUUAUACGGGCCAGUGUGACUGAAUCGGGGGACGGGGGUUCAGUUGGUGCGGCGGUUUCAGACCAGCUAGCUUCAAGCGGAGCGGCCUCAGCUGCUUCUAACGGGGAUAUUCCCGCCCAGUCUCGCGCUAGUUCCGGCGAGCGGUCAUCUGAAAAGGAUCCGAGCGAAGGAGGCGAGGAGGGUUUUGACCGGAGCAGAAGGCAGGGCGGAUUUACUAGAUCGGGAGGGUUUAACCGAGGUCGCGGACGGGGUGGGUCGGGCGGCCGUCGAGGUGGCUUUGCCGAUCGCGGCGGCGGUGGAUCGACCUCCGGGUCGACCUCGGGGUCGACCUCUGGAUCGACCUCGGGGUCGACCUCCGGGUCGUAUCAGAGGUCAUCAUCUGGAGGGUUUAACCGGGGUCGCGGGGGCGGGUCGUCACGUGGGCGUGGCGGGAGUCGCGGCGGGAGUGACGGCGGGUGGAGCGGAGCGAGGCAGGGCAACGCGUCGAGUCAGCGGGGGUCGGAUGGAUCUUAUCGCAGGCUCGAUCGUUCCGCAGCGGAUCGUUCCUCUACCGAUCGUUCCCGUAGCGAUCGUUCCUCUACCGAUCGUUCCUGGAGUCGAUCCUCCAGCCCUGCCGAUAGAAGCAAGGACGUCGCUAGAGGCGCGAGCGCCAAUUCACGGGGCUCCCGCUUAUCCCCCAGGGAGCUGAAGAACCCUCAGUUCUCUCGCCCGCGCACCACUGGCCGGUUAGCUCCCUCCGCGCCGAGCCCCGAUCCGAUACGAGCUGCUCCGCUUUCCGCUUCUGGCGCCGACUCCGAUGAUGCGUGGGCGCGCGCGUUUUUUCCGCCGCGCGUGGUGCAGGUGCUCGAUGUGUUGGCGCAGGAGAGCGGCGGGGACCGGCGCGCGGGAAGUGUGGAUGUCUGGAGAAAUGAUGGUGCCGAUGGGGGGAGAGAUGGGGGGAGAGAUGGGAGGAGGGAUGGGGGGAGCAUUGGGGGGAGUGAGCGGGUGGCGGGUCGGCUGGAGCGGAUGGGGUUGAAGCUGUCGGGGCGGGACGUGGCGACGGUGCUUAAGGAGACGGCGGACUGGCGCAUGGCCGUGGCGUUCUUUGAAUGGGCGAGGAGACAGGAGUACUUUCAAGCAAGCACAUACGUCUACAACCUGGUCCUUUCCGCGCUGGGAAGGGGGCGGCAGUGGGCGGCAAUGGAGCAGCUUAUAACGGAGAUGACUCGAGAUGGCGUGGAGAUGGAUAAUGUUACAUACUCCACUAUUAUCAGCUCCGCUACACGAGCGGACCAGCACGACCUAGCCCUGCAGUGGCUGGAGCGCAUGGCGUCGUCCCCCUGCAUGCCGGAUCAAGUCUCGUAUGCUACAGUCAUGCACGCGCUAGGACGGGCAGGGAGACCGGCAGACGCCGUGAGGGUGUUUGAGCGCAUGCGGGCCACUGGGUGGCGCCCUGACGCGGUGACCUACGCCACUAUCAUCACUGCUUUUGGCGAGGCUGGGGGUCCGCAAGAGGCCUAUGAGCUGUUUAAGGAGAUGAGGAGGGAGACUUCUUCUGGUGUGGCUGUACCCACAGCAGCAGCAGCGGCUGCAGCAGACGCAUCUGCAGCAGCAGCAGUAGAGCCAGCAACAGCAACAGCAGCAGCAACAGCAGCAGCAGAGCCAGCAACAGCAGCAGCAGCAGCAACAGCACCAGAGCCAGCAACAGCAACAGCAGCAGCAACAGCACCAGAGCCAGGGGCUGCAGCGCCAUCAACACCAGCAGCAGCCGCAGCAGCACCAGCAGCAGCAGCAUCACCACCAGCAGCAGCUUUUACGCCGCUGGUAACCGCAGGGGUGUACCACGCAACCCUGAACGUGCUUGCAAAGGCGUGGCGCCACCUCCAGGCAGAGAUUGUCUUCCGAACCAUGCAGCACGACCCUAUAGUGCCCGUGACUACAGAUGCCGUGACUAUAAUGCUGGCGCUGUACACUGAGAAGGGCGAGGUGGAGAAGGCGCUAGCCCUGGCCGACGAAGUGCAGGAGAAUUUCCGCCACAGUAACGAGGGAGCUUAUAACGAGGACAGGAGCAGGGCUUAUAACGAGGACGGCCAGCGGAGCGAAAAGAAGAACCCCAGAGACGGGCCGUUUCGGCCGGACGCGACCUUCUACAGUGUGAUUCUGCAGGCGUGCCGCGAGAACGGAUUAGUGCAGGAAGCUCGGAGGGCAUAUGGGAGCAUGAAGAGGGACGGGGUUCCGUUGACUGAGAACAGCCUUAGACAGCUCGCAGGGCUGAUUGCUGAGAAGGGCGGGCGUGGGGAGAUGAAGGGAGAAGCUGGUAAUACAGGGUCUGCUGUGGGAAGUCCGGCUGUAGCGGGGCCGGCUGUAGCAGAGUCUGCUGUGGUUGAUCCGGUUGUAGCAGAGGUAGAAGCGUUGCUGGAGGAUGCGAGAGCAGCUGGGAUCUAUCUCGGGGGCAGCAGUAGCAGCCAAACCCGCAGUAGCAGCAGGGGAGACAGCAGUAGCAGUGGCUCAGACUCGGAGUAUGAUGGGCUGGGGGUUGACCUUAGUGGCCUAACUCCUGUGCCAGUAGCAUCACCAGCAGGCCCAUCAGCAGCACCAGCAACGCCAGCAGCACCAGCAGUACCAUCCCCAGCAGCAGCAGCAAGCGCGGGGUUGGCUGUUUACACUGCAAUCAUCCACGGCUUUGGCAAGGCGGGCCGCUUCGACCUCUCCGCACACUACUUCCAGAAAAUGCGCGCAGCAGGAAUUGAACCCGACACCCGCAUGGCCACUGUCUUCCUCGACCUGCUGGGGUUCACCUCCCCUGGGAAAGCCAGGGAGCGCCUGGAGCCUGGUGAGCGUGCUGAGGUGCCUAGAGAUGCUGCUGCUGCUGCUGCUCCUACGGCUGCUGCUGCUGCUGCUGCUGCUGCUGCUCCUACGGCUGCUGCUGCUGCUGCUGCUGCUGCUGCUGCUGCUGCUCCUACGGCUGCUGCUCCUACGGCUGCUGCUGCUGCUGCUGCUGUGGGUGGGAAAGAGGGUGUGGUAGGUGCGAGGAAGGUUCUCCUGGCUUGCUUGAAAGAGGUUGACUCGCGGAUCCAUGACCUGGUGCUGACCGGGUUAGGGGAGGCGCUGGAUAAGGUGGUAGAGGCUCGAGAUGGGGAGGAGGGAGCGGCGAAAGAAGGGGAAGCAGCAGCUUUGGCACAACGGGCAGCAGCAGCAGAGGGGGAUUCAGCACCGGACGCAGCAGCAGCAGCAGCAGCAGCAGCAGCGGCGGCAGCAGCAAAGCGCACCGCUCGUUUCGCUUCCCUGCUCGACCAAACCUUAACCACCAUCCCUCCCAGGGGGCAGAAGCCCCUUUGUAACAACCUCCUGAGCCUCCUCUGGCUCUUCCACCAACAGGACACCGCAGUCGCCCUCCUUAAAGCCAUGGUCAGCUCGCACCAGAUCGAACAGCUGUCGUCGCGCGAUUGGUCCCGCUGGACCCUGCAUCUUUCUGGCCUAUCCUACCACGGCGCACAGGUGGCGCUGCGCUAUUGGCUGGAGCAGAUCGCAGCAGCGGUGGAGGCUGGGAAGCGGUUACCGCGUGAAAUCGAGAUUGAGGUAGGGGUGGGGCGGGCUAGGAAGAGGCAUCUCAGGGACGCGGUGGUUCCGGAGCUGGCUAGGCUCGGGUCGCCGUUCCAAAGCGAUGAGGUUCGGCCGAGGCUGGUGGUGGCUAACGGCGCUGAGGUGGCAGCUUGGGUUAAGAGGACCCCGGAGCUGUGGCUUGGGGCGGGUGGGGGUGGUGGUGGGGAUGGGGGAGGGGCAGUUGAGGGGAGAGGCGAGGGCAUUGAGGGGAAGGAGAGUGAUCGUAAGGGGCGUGACUCAAAGGAGAGUGAGAGUAAGGAGGGAGACUUUGCGGUAGCUGCUGCUUUGGCAGCUCCCGAGGCUGUAGCAGUGGGAGGGAGCGUGGUGAGAGAGGAGGAGAAGAGGGUUGGCGGGGGUGAUGAUGGCAAGCUGAAAUCGGAGGCAGCUCCUGCUGGUGGUGUUGCUGAUGCUGCUGUUGCUGGCAGCACUGAUGCCACUGGUGCUGAGGGCACUGUUCAUGCCACUUCCCCUCCCAGUGGUUUUGGUACCAGUGGGUCUGAGGCAACUACUCCUGCAACUGCUACAGGGGCCUGGGAGGUUGCAGCUGGGGAGGCUGCGACUGUGGUGCAAACACGGGAGGUGGAAAUGCAGCCGGUGGGUGAGGUAUUGGAGAAGGAUGGGUUCAAGGCGUUUCAGAUAGCAGGAGGGGCGUGGGUGAAGGAGUGUGUCUGUGGCGAGCUGUGCUCGUCGAGGAAGCAACGGUGCCAGAAUAAGGCGUGUGGAAGUCACCUGCCUACCAUGGCACAGUUCAGGGAAAGUCAGGCAGGUUCGGGUGGGCUUUGAUGUUGGACGAGGAUUUGAAUUGUUCUUUGAGAUUUUCACUUUUAGUGGGUGGUGGUGUUGUUUUAUGCUCUUUUAUUUGACAUCUGUUUGGCGAUUGGGGAAA